GACGCUCCGCCGCGUCGAUGCCCCGCCCGUACGGGCCGCAGGCGUCCGUGCAGCUCACCGAGGACGAGGUGCUGGCCGCGACGCGCAGCCUCUAUGCCGACCGGCUGAAACCGUACGGCCGCAUCAUCCUCCGGCGUGUCGGCGAGCGCGCCUGCGCACGGAGCGGCGCGACCUCCCCGCCGUUCAUCUGCGCGAGGGAGCUGCGCGCGCUGUGCGAGGGCAGCCCCCGCCUCCUCGUGCGGCCCGAGGAGGCGAGGGAGUACUCGGUGGUGCUGGUCGGGGCGAGCUCGCACCCUUUCGUGGAUCCCGCGGACAAGCGCGACCCGUACCCGCAGGAGCUGUGGGACGGCCUUGCGGCGCACUUCGCGGAGGGCGGCGCGGGCCACAGCGAGGCCCUGCCAGGCAGCCGCUACGCGUGCGCCAUGGCGCUCGCGGAGCUCGACCUGGCGUGCCUCCGCGGCCUGACCUUGGGCGAGGUGAACCAUGUGGUGGCUUUGGCGAUGGGCAGCAGGAGGGUCCUCGGCUACAACUCGGGGCGCGCGGUGCCGUACCACAAGUCGGAGGCCGGCAUCAAGAUGAAGUGUGCUGCCAACGCCGUGCCUGUGCCCACGGGGCCGGACGCCCCUCUGGGGGUGGCCAGCUGGGAGGUGGUGCGGGCUGGCCUCUGGGAGCUCCUGAGCCGCGCCGAGAAGAAGGGGCGGGAGAUGCCGCUGCAGAACGUGAAGCGCCUCUUCCGGUCGGAGUUCGGCCUGUCGCUGAGCGAGACUGCGUUGGGCCACCAGCGGCUUUUGGACCUGCUGCAGGACCCUCGCCUCCACGACGUCUGCGCGCUGCGGAGGCGGGAGGACGUGCACCAGAGGGUGGUGGUGCAGAAGGCCGCCAGCACGCUCGCGACGGGCGCGCCGCCGCUGGCCUGCCCGCCGGGGUGCCCGCUGCUACGCACCGCGCCGCCGGCGCCGCCGGCGCAGCGCCCGGCCUGCUUCCCGGGUGCCCGCGGCGCUGCCGCAGAGGUCGAGGGAGGCGUUGCCAGCGCCUGCUGCGGGGGCGCCCCCAGCGGUUCGGACUGGGAGCCGAGUCCCGUGGCGUGCCCGUGGAUUCUGCCCAGGCUGGGGCGCAGUCUUGUGGGCGUUUGCCCCGGAGGCGGCUGCGACCCCAUGGACGCGGAGGAAAAGUUCAUGGAGAGCCCGUGGUUUCUGUCGGGGGACGACGACAGCAGCACCUGUACUGGUGGUUCUACGUCUCUCGGUCAUUUUGGAGCUUUGAUGAUGAAGGCAGAUGCAUCUGGGUCUGGCCCCGAAGAGACAUCUACCUGCUUAUCUCCCAGGGGCCGCGCAGCGACCGUGGCAGCAGGCAGCAUCACCGAAACGUCGGAUGGUUGCUGCGACUCGACGCGGGCUUCGAGAUGCGUCUACGAGAUUGCUCGCACGUUCGUGCACGUGCCAGGCCCAGAAUCAGAAGUACAUCUGGCUCCGAGGAGGCUCCACAGGUCGCUUCCGCCGUCGAUUCGGCUGGCGCGGCACGCUCCAGUACGCAACAUCCUUCAGCUGUGA